AACCUAGCGGCGCACCUCGCAGUCAUUCUCUUCUCUUGGUACGCGAACGUCACGGAGCUAAAGCGUUCCCGGUUCCCAACAACUGCGUUCUCUCGUAAUUCCCGUCCCGCGCGCAGGCCUUUGUCUCGCAACGAAAAUCCGAGAUCGUUAACGUCCAAUUUACAAAACCAAUAAAUAUGUCAGACGACGGUUCACCGGUUGUGGAAGAUAAAAAAAAGCGUGGUCGUCCCUCGAAAAGCCCUGUUAAAGAAGCAAAAAGAAGGGGAAGACCUCCAGCAGAAAAAAACAAUGUCGUAGCAAAGUCUGACGAUGAAGACGACACCCCAGCACCAGUCAAAAGGGGUAGAGGGCGUCCAAAGGGAACGAAUAAGAAGAAGGGAAGCGCAGUCAAAGUUGCGGCUCCACCAUCUGGCCGUCCACGUGGGAGACCAAAGAAGGUAGAAGAAAAACCGGAAAGUACCGGAGAAGAAGAAGAUGAACAGGAAGAGGAAGAAGAAGAGAAUUGAAGUAGCUGAGUCUCCCUAGCUUUGAUUCAUUCUCAGCCCCCAACAAGAAUCCUCGUUCCUUUAACUCCUAAGUUUUUAUAUUCCAUAAUCCUCGAAAGCAUAGGCUCAGGCUCAGUGACUCCAAAAUUCAUACUAUUCCGACACUUAUUAAGAAAAUAUAGAAAGGAAAAACGAAGAAAAAAUAAACAAAGUUAACUAAAAGAUAAAAAUGAAAGAAAAUUAAAAAGUGAGUAAAACUAACGGAAAAGUUGUUUGAUAAGCGAAGCGUUCGAAGAACAAUACUUGUAUAAACCGUAUGUAUCGUAUUUUUUAGUAUUUAGACGCGUUUUGAUUUAGAACUAAUUAUUAUUAAACAAAGUGAACAAACUUUCAAGGCUAUAAGAAUCUAAGCCCGAGUUAAUCUACUGUAAUUCCCAAUCUCAUUUUUAAAAGGUGAUUUUUAGUAUCAAGAAUACAGUUUAAAAUUACAUUACAUACCUUGUGGCACUCUUCUAUACAUAUAUUAUUACUCAUUCUCUAAGUAAAACGGAAAAAACGCUCGGCUCCGAAAUAAGAAAUACUUCCGAUAUGACUCGAUAUUGUAAGCCCUGUUGUAAUACUUUCAAUGUGUAAAAUGUAGAAAGUAUUACGUCAAUGUAAAACGAUAAAUUCUUAUUUCAGAACAAACAUAUUGUGUGAAUGUCAAAUUUGUAUUAAAUAAACUCUAAUUAAAACAA